GGCUGCUGCGCCGGCCGUUGUCUGUCAUCAACAACUGCCCGAGCUGGCUAGGUGAGGUUGGUUGGCCAUCCGAAACGUGAAUCUUACCUACCUUACCUAUGCUCGCAACUCCACCUGUGUCGCAAACCGCAAGAUCGAAGCUGCAUUACUGCUUUGAAUCGAUGCGCCCCCUUCUCAUCUUACCGUCAGGCAGGUAGCAGAGCCCUCUCUGCUGCCGCCACAGUGCAACAGCCAACGCCAUGGGCUGGACUGUCUUCCUCUUGACCUACGUUCUCGGAGGCAUCACGUUUCUCCCACUGCUCGUGAUCGUCAUUUUUGCCCAUGCUUAUUUCACCCUUCCCUACCGCAAAGAUGCCGACGCCCCGCAGGCGUCAGCUAGCGACGAUGACCUGGUGCAACCCGGUGACGACCUCGAACCUCUCAAAACAGCACAGAAAGAUGGGCCCAAGGGCCGGUUCGCUCACCGCGAGCCGGAUGUUGCGGCUGGCUACUUUGCCGUCUGCCGCGAGUACACGCCAAUGGGCAUCAAUGCAAAGCCCAUUGAGCGUUCGACGCCCGUCGGUUCCACCACCGUAGCGGCGCCCAGCCCCAGUGUCUACCAGACCAUGUACCGCAGCAUCUUCGACCGGAAGCAGGCGCCCGGACCACUGGACAAUUCGACUGCCGGUAGUCAGCGCCCCAAGAAGGCUGGCAAUGUGUUCUACGUGGUGCUGAGGCAUGGUCAUUUGAUGCUAUUCGACGAUGAUGAACAGCUCGAGGUACGCCACGUGGUGUCUUUGGCGCAUCACGACAUCAGUGUAUAUUCGGGAGAACCUGUGACGCCGGAAGGCGAGCUCUGGAUCAAACGUAACGCCAUCUGCCUCUCACGGCGUUCCGAUGGCCCGGAGUUGGGCCCGGACAGUCAGCUCUCCAAGCCGUUCUACCUGUUCUCAGAGAACUGCUCGGCAAAGGAGGACUUCUACUUCGCCCUCCUGCGAAACCAGGAGCAGACGUUUGCAGGCGAGAACAAAGCGCCAACGCCCAUUCAGUUCGACGUCAAGAACAUUCUCUCGUUGGUGCAGAAGCUCCACUCGUCCGAGGAGCACAUGCAGACGAGGUGGCUCAAUGCCAUGAUCGGGCGAGUGUUCCUGGGUGUUCACAAGACCAAGGACAUUGAGAACUUCAUCCGGGAGAAGCUCACCAAAAAAAUAUCCCGGGUCAAGCGGCCAGCGUUCUUGUCGAAUAUCACCAUCAAGGCCAUUGAUACGGGCGAAUCGGCACCAUAUAUCACGAAUCCCCGUCUAAAAGACCUAACCGUCGAGGGAGAGUGCGGGAUCGAGGCAGACGUGCGAUACACUGGCAACUUCCGGCUGGAAGUUGCAGCGACUGCUCGCAUCGAUUUGGGAUCACGUUUCAAAGCCAGGGAGGUCAAUUUGGUCCUCGCCGUCGUCCUGCGAAAGCUGGAAGGUCACGCACUCUUCAAGAUCAAGCCCCCGCCCAGUAACCGCAUCUGGUUCUCGUUCCAGCAGAUGCCGAAGUUGGAGAUGACGAUCGAACCCAUUGUCAGCUCGCGACAGAUUACCUACACGGUCAUUCUCCGCCAAAUAGAGAAUCGGAUCAAGGAGGUCAUCGCAGAGACGUUGGUCCUGCCUUUCUGGGAUGACACGCCCUUUUUCAGCACCGAGCAUAAGAAAUGGAGGGGCGGAAUCUUCCACGAUGAUACAGUGAAGUCGCCGGCCGGCCCCGAAUGCGCUGUUGCCCAAGAUGGAGAUUUAGACGAAGUGGAGCGUCUUGAGGAGAGUCACGGAUUGCAGGAGACAGAUCUUCCUCAUAUGGAGAAGAGCUACAGCCAACCGGUGCUUGAGAAGAAGCCCUCGAUUGGAUUCUUCGGCAAGAAGCUUCAGAAUAAAGCAAGCAAGACAGACCUGGCAUCAUCUCCUUCGACCUCGUCAACCAGUCUUGACAUUAGGAACGAGACAAAGAGCGAGAUAAGCUCCCCGCCUGCACUCCCUGCCCCCUUCGCCCAACCCUCAUCCCCUACAGUAGGGACCAUCGCCGCCAAUGCAGACCAAUUCAGACCCUCAUCGUCCCCGCCAAAGGAUAAUUCAGCCGUGUCAGUCAUGGAGUCUCUCUCAGCGAAAUCCCAGUCUCCAGCCUUGGCUCCAGCAUCCAGUCCAAAUGCUUUCAAACCUUAUAUUACGUCCAAGUCCUCUAGCCAUUCAACUUCCAGCUCAUCUAGGGACACGACCGACACGGAAAAGGAGGCGGCCAAGACAUCUCAAGCCCGGCGAAAUACUGUUUCGUCUGCGGAGAGCCAUAAUGGCAACGGGUCCCACACGCUGACUUCGUCUGCCAAAGGUUCCGUCCGGAACCAGACCGGUUCUACAGCAAGGGGGCUUUUUAAUCGUCGCGAAACAACAUCUUCAACCUCCUUAGGACUGAGCUCUCAGAGCGCGAAUGAGCCCCAUAAGCGCACUGCUUUGAACGCAGUCGCUAGCGCAGCUGCUUCCGCCAAGCGUUGGGGCUUAAACGCCUUCCAGCGGCGUGCCAACGAGGAAGCAACUGCAAACUGCAACCAGCAUAAUGAUAAUGUGUCUACGCUUGACCUUAGCCAGCCGAUUGGGCGUGGACAACCGCUGCCACCGCCGGGUACACCCCUCCCAAUGCCCGAAAAGAAGACCCCUACCGUACCCAUUCACGUUCCCAAACGGAAACCCGUUCCUCCGCCGCCGUCGAUGGAAGGGCAGAGUGAGCCAUCGAAGCCAGCCACUGAGCGCCAGCCAGUGCCGCCUCCGCCCCUCCCUAAGAGACGCCAGUAUCAUCACGAGCAGAAUGAUGACGACAACAUGCUUGUGGUCGCUGCUCCAGCGGAUUCCGAGCCGACCACACCGCUCACAGAGUCACAUAGUCCUGCGUACGUACAGCCAUGGGUUGAGGACCUCGAGGAGUCUGACAGUAUUAAUGCUGUUCCGCACGAACCUGUGGAAGGAGCGGACCCAGUCGCUCAGACCAAAUCAAGGUCUCCGUCACUGGUCGCAGUUGCUGAGGCAAGUCAACCAGUCGACACUGUCGCAGAAAAGCCAGACUCAGUUGAAGACGAUGAAGACUUCUCGGCUUGGAUGGAUAACCUCGCCCCUGAGGAGCCAGACUUACCGGCCAAGCCUCAGGAGGCUUAUUAGGUCCCUUGACUUGAAUGGAACGGAGUUCACGGCUUUCGGUUGUGGGUUUAGAGCAUGGCGUACUGGCCGGUUACAUAGGGGCACUUGGGGAUAAACUGUUUAUUCAUGGGGGCAUGGCGCAUAUAUCAUGCCAUUACGGCCCCCGGUCAACCUUUCACUAGCAAACAUCAGUCUAUUUUUUCUAGUACAGCACACCUGACCGCUUAAUCAACGACUUGCAGCCGUGUUUCGCCAUGUCUACGGUACCUUGCCGGCAGCACAUGUCUGCAAUACUCAUUUCUCUCCAGCCCGGGGUCUGAGUCCGUCGGCGCUCUCCCUGUUCUUGGAACACUGUCAUAUUUGUGUGAAGCCCUAGCUAAAAUCCU